CAGAACACAAAUUAAGGUUUUAUAGGAAUAUUUCAGCUCUGUAGGUCCCAAAAUUUUGAUGCUCCAAGAAUCACACAAGUCAACAUAAAAGUAACCCAUAUGACUCUAGUGCAUUAGUGUAGUCUAGGCCAUACGCACAUAUACGCUGUAUCCUUACUUUUUUCCCAGGGCUGUUUGCGUAUAACGACUUCUAAGGAUCAAUAUUUGCGUAUACCCUCGGUAUACCCACUUGUUUUGCUACUUCAGAAGUCCAUAAUCUACUGUCAUGUUAGUUUCCCUUUAACUGUAUUGGAUGCUGUUUUGUGAAACUGGAGAUUCUUUGUUGUAAUUGGUGCAUUAUCACUUGAUUUCUACCAUUCCCCACCCCUGACAACCGUUGUCACCGCCAUCAUCGACAGAGGGAAUUUAUGACAGUGAGUGGAGAGAGAGAGAGAGAGAGAGUGUCACCCUCACACUGAAGCAGUAUCAGGUAAAAUGAAUUAACGAAAUAUGCCAAACGUUCUGUAAAAUAAGGAAUCGUACCAUAAUUAAGGGAAAAAAUUGCGCUCCAUAUGAAAUCCAUGCAUGAUGCCGUUUGUCUUGUAUUUUAGCGUCACACACCCAAACUCACAAAUCGAGAGAAAUUGACCUGAAACACACACCUUUCGCAUGUGUUUCGUGAGAUAUCGGCUGUUGCUUUACACGGACGCUACACUUGACAGAAAGGGCUGGGGGAAAGAUCAGUGACAAUCAGUGGACGUCUUCUGUCGUGUUUUCUAUCAGAAGCAAGAUAAUUUUGUCAAAAUCAUAUAGCAUUCGAGUGCAUGUUAAUUGUUUCCCACCACUGGGAUUUUAAAACACCAGUAAAUGCACCUAUUCAUUACAUGCCAUUACAUUUUAUUGCAUAUGUCAGAGCUCAUUCUGGAAGAGAGAGAGAGAGGUAAGAAAAACUGGAUUACUGCAUUAAUUCAAAAUAAAAGUACAAAAGUACAGGUUUAGUUAAAACACUUCUUUUCUUACAUAUCCCUUAUGAUAAACACUAUUUACAGCUAAAACAACAACAUUAAUCCAAUGAGAAAUACACUAAUUUCAUGUUAAGCCUUUGUCUCCCUUUCUCUCUUCUUUCUGGUCGUUGUAUUAAAGCAUUUUUCAUUUUAAGUUUAGAAGGGGAUGUUCAAACUGAACGCGUUUUUGCAUCCGUCUGCACUGUUUUUCAAUGUAAAGCAGCGACUCGCACAGGAACGCCCGUAAAUAUGGGUCAUUCCUACAAUUCUGUGCCAUUUAAGUCCACAUUACAAGUGUGUGUGGUAUUUAUAUUGUUUAAUUUCACCCGAUUACAAUUUUGAUAGGCUUGUUAAAAUGAAUACAGACUUUUUAUAAUGUUACACACUUCUGUGGGCUUAAAAGUUACAUUUUAAAUAGCUGAAAUUCUUUUCUAUUGCACUGUGUCACUUCCUCAUGUCCCAAAAACUGCAUGUCAAUAAAUGCUAAAUAAUUGGAUUUUAGUUUUUUCCCCCACAUACAGUUAAGAGGUUAGUGUUACAUUCUCUCACUAACAUGUAUUCAUUUGUGGUUAAUGUGUAAUUUUAACACUGAUAGUGGAGGUUUUUUGUGUGUCCCUUGAUUUAUUGCGCACCCUGUUAUGUCAUGAUACCAUGACCUUACAUUGAAGAUAUACUGUAUGUUAGGAAAUUACAUCGCACACACUGGAGGUGGACAUCAGCCAUUCUUCAAAAUUACUUUGAGUUAUUUGAAGUUUAUAACUCUAUUGUUUUAUUUAUGUUUUCCUUUAUUUUGUGGUGUUAGUAAUAUGUGGUCAAGCAUAACAUGUCCACCCUAUUAUGGGAAGAUGUAUGGGAAAUGAAUAUAAUUUAAAAAUCUCAAUAUACAGUAUUUAUGUUAAAAGAAAUAUAUUAAUAAAUAUUAGUUUACAAAUAUGUUUCCUUGAUAUCAAUCACAGACCAUGUAGACGAUCUUUCUGGAGUCUGAAGUAUUCACAGGUGACUGAGUGAUUGAGAUGACCAAUGAAAACGCUCCUGAGGGUUUAGUCAUGACUGUGGGGUGUGGUUUGCACUCAGAUGGUUUGGGGGGAAAAAAUCACACAAAGGUUAAAGUGGAGAUUGACUGAGCAGGGAGAAGAAUUGAUCUGUUUGUCACCCACACCUAUCAUAUUGCUUCUAAAGACAUUAACUACUGGAGUCUAAUGGAUUACUUUUAUGAUGACUUAUAAGCUUCAAAAUUUUCCCAUUCACUUGCAUUGCAUGGACCAAAAGAGCUGAUAUAUUCUUCUAAAAAUCUUCAUUUGUAUUCUGCUGAAGAAAGAAAGUCAUACAUAUCCAGGAUGGCAUAAGGAUGAGUAAAUGAUGAGAGAAUUUACAUUUUUGGGUGAACUGUUCCUUUAAAAAAAAAUCCUUUGUAUUAUUUAACUCUGCUAUCUUGUACUUAUCUGGGAAACUUUGAUUUGCCACUUUUUUAUGUUAUGGCUUUCUUUAGGAUGACUCAGUCACUUCUAGUCCUAUUGUUUAUUUGGAUAAAAGCUCCUUCAAAUGAAUAAAUAUCAAUAUACUGUCAUCCCAAAAAAGUAAAUGGACACUUCAGCCACACUUUCAAGUGUGUACGUGUUUCCAUAUAAUCCAAAUUUUGAUACUAAUUUCAACGGUGCUCUCAAGGGUCUACACUUACAACCAAAGGCUGUAACAUGUAACAUGCACAUUAUAUAGUACUGUAGUUAAACUCUUUACUCAUACUAACUGGUGCAAAGUUUUAUACACUGUAAAAAAUUAUUUUGCCUUUUAGGUAUUAUAACUUAAAAUGCAGAGUUAGUAUAACUGCCCUGAAUUGAUCUUGUUGAGAUAACUCAAUUAUCCAUGUUUUUGUUGGCUGAACAUGUGAUAAGUUAUUGAACUUAGAAAAACAUAUAUGCUCAUGUAUUUGGAUUCCCAGCAUGCACUGCGGCACAAAUAAAUUCUGCAAAUUGCAGUGUUACUUUUAAAAAAAUUGUAAUGUUUGCUUCUUUAUGCUGUUGGAUGUGUUUGUCAAGUUCAGUUAUUUGCCACGUAGCAAUAAUUCAAAGCUCAUCUUUUUACUCGAUGUGUUUGAUAGUUGUCAACGUCAUUGUUGAUUGAACAUAAAAAGUUAUGUUUACUUAGAACAUAAAGCUGACUUAAUAUAGCUUGUUAAAUGAGCUUAAUGUCUUUUUGUUUAAACAACCUUCCCUAUUAAGUUGACACAACUUAGGAAGCACGAACACUUUUUUU